CGAGCUCGCGAGCACGCGCCGGGACGCACGGGGGCGGAGACUCGCCCUCAGGUCCCGCCCAGCAGUUAUGCGCUUCCUCUUCCGACAACAGGCGGAGCCACAGCGCCAGCGGGAAACCCGGGCGAGAGGUGUACCUCUAAACCCAGCUGCGGGAAUGGCAGGCUUGAGAAGCGUGGUCCUUCGGCCCUGGAUUCGAGAUCUGGUGCUGGGGUCAGAGAGACUCUCAAGUCCACGGGUGGGGCAGUUGCUCCAGGUGCUGCAGGAGGCCACGGCCCCUGGCCCGUCCCGCGCCCCUGACACCUCUGAUGUUGGGGCCUUGCUGCUUGUGUCCGACGGGACCCACAGUGUCCGAUGCCUGAUGACGCAAGAAGUCCUGAACGCCUCGGACUGGGAAGAGAAGGAAUUUGGUUUCCGAGAGGCUGAAGGCCGACUGCUGCUGCUGCAAGACUGCGAGGUCCGAAUCCAAGUGGCCGAGGGUGGCACGCCCACAGAGUUCUACCUCCAGGUGCAUCGCUUCAGCCUAAUGCCCACAGAGCAGCCCCGGGAUUGGGUGACUAGUUGCAACCAGGAUCCAGAUGUGCAAAGAAAGCUCAAAGACUGCCUGGAGGAGCACCUUUCAGAGUCCACCUCCUCCAAUGCAGGCCUGUCACUGUCCCAACUUCUAGAUGAGGUGCAGGAGGAACAGGAGCAUCAAGGGGAACUAGUGCGCCUGGCUGAGAGCUGCCUGAUGCUGUCAGGCCCUUGCACAACGCCCCCACUCACCCGCUGGGCUGCCUCCAGCCACUUGGCCAUGGGAGAAGCUGUAUACACUGUCCCCAGCCAAUGGCUGCACAUCUCUGAGAGUGACCAACGAAUUCUGAACUCUCUAGGCCCAGGUCAGAGGACACAGAGCCCUGAGCUGUCCCCACCAGACCUGGUCCUUCAGGACCUGUCGCUGACCCUGACCUCAUCGUCUUCCUCACUCAGUUCCUCAGGAACCCCUGCCUUACCCAACCACGUGUCGUCAGAGGAAAGUGGUGCCAGUGUCAGCCUUAUUCCUGCUCUGUCCUUGGCUGCUCCAGAAACAGGGCAGAAGGCCAGCUCCCAGCCCCCACCAGCCAUUUGCUCAGCCCCUUGCCCCCGACCCCCUAGUUCCCCACACCCAAGCCACGUAUCCAACUCCCCACUCCCAAGUUGUACCACAAGUCUGUCGCAUCUUGGUCACAUCCCCAGUCCACAUGACCAGGCCCCAUCCCGUGUGACCGGGCCCCAGAAGUCUAAACUAGAGUUCAAGGAGCUAGGGUUGCCCCCCAAGGACCGGCAGCAUUCUUCAGGGAAAAGCACCACCGAGGGAGUCCUGGAGUCCAGUCCUGUCUGGGGUCCCCCAAAGAAGCAUCGAGAUGGCUCCGCCUUCCAGUAUGAGUACGGCCCGCCCUGCACUUCCCUCUGUGCCCAGGUCCAGGCUGCCAGGCUCCCUUCACAGUUCCUGGCCUGGGCCUUGCACUUUCUGAUGGAGCCGCAGCCGGAAUCCGAGCACACCCAGGUGUGAGGGGCCACGCGACCACGUGGGAGAUUGUGGUCCGUGCCCGGGGAUGGACAAACAGCACUUCACACUCUGCUUCCUUGAGUUUUUUAAUAAAAUAAUCUCAUGCGGCAAGAAAGGA